AUGUUGUCCAGUAGUAAGAUCAAAUCUGUUGAUUUCUACAGGAAAAUUCCCAGAGAUUUAACCGAGGCGUCGCUAUCUGGUGCAGGCUUAUCUAUCAUGGCUGCCCUGUCCAUGAUGUUGUUAUUUGGAAUGGAACUGAGUGAUUAUAUGACAGUGAAUACGUCUACCUCUGUUGUUGUUGAUAACAGUUCAGAUGGGGAAUUUUUGCGAAUUGAAUUAAAUAUGAGUUUCCCAGCACUCUCAUGUGAAUUUGCUUCAGUUGACGUGAGUGACGUGUUAGGCACAAACAGAUUGAAUAUAACAAAAACAAUCAGAAAGUUCUCAAUAGAUCCCAACUUAAAUCCUACUGGUUCCGAGUUUCACCCAGGACCUAUCCCAACUGUUACUAAGCAUGGAGAUGAAGCUGAUGGAGAAUAUGGUGAAGGCUCUGUUGCACUAACUUCCGCAACUUUUGACAGAUAUACACAUCAAUAUCCGAUUUUGGUUGUCAACUUUUAUGCUCCCUGGUGCUACUGGAGUAAUCGCUUGAAACCCUCAUGGGAGAAGACAGCUAAAAUAAUAAAAGAGAGAUAUGAUGCAGACUUGGACGGACGUAUUCUCUUGGCGAGUGUUGAUUGCACUGAAGAAGGUGAUUUAUGCCGGAGGAAUCAUAUCCAGGGGUAUCCAUCUGUUCGAAUUUUUCGUAAAGGAAGUGAUAUAAGAGAUGAGCAUGGACACCACGAUCACGAAUCUUACUAUGGAGAGCGCGAUACGGAGAGUCUAGUCCAGGCAAUGGAAGCUUUGGUCGCUCCUAUCCAUUUGGAGGCCCGUAAGCUUGCAUUAGAGGACAAAUCUGAGAAUGCAACAGCCUCUAUGAAAAGGCCAGCCCCUACAGCCGGAGGUUGUAGAGUAGAGGGUUUUAUACGGGUUAAGAAGGUCCCAGGUAAUCUUGUCAUAUCAGCCCGUUCAGGAUCUCACUCCUUUGAUGCUUCUCAAAUGAACAUGUCGCAUGUCAUCUACAAUCUUUCAUUUGGUAAGAAGAUCACUCCAAGAUUGAUGUCUGAGUUCAAGCGGUUGUCACCUUAUCUUGGUCGAAACAUUAACCGAUUAAAUGGUCGACAAUACAUUACUCACCAAGGUGAUGGAGAUGCAAAUGUUACUAUUGAGCAUUACCUUCAAGUAGUAAAGACAGAAGUUAUAUCCAGAAGAACUUCCUGGGAACACAAAUUAGUUGAGGAAUAUGAGUACACUGCCCACAGUAGUCUAGCACAGAAUAGACACAUCCCUGUUGCAAAAUUCCACUUCGAGUUGUCUCCUAUGCAGGUCUUAAUAACAGAAAACUCAAAGUCAUUUUCUCACUUCAUAACAAACGGCUGCGCUAUUAUUGGGGGUGUUUUCACGGUUGCCGGGAUAUUGGACUCUAUGUUGCAUACCACGAUGAGAUUGGUGAAGAAAGUUGAGUUAGGCAAGAAUUUUUGAUAGAAUAUGAUAACUUUUACUGCGACAAUAAAAACCUUAAUUCGUUUUUUCUACCGGACCUUAUAAAGUCUGGAGAUUUUUCUAAGGAAAUGCAGUAUUCCAUUUCCUUAUAGGAGAUGAACCACUAAAGCAGAACAAGUAUUAACUGUAAUAUAUGCUCAGUUGGUAGUAUAGUAAAUGAUUUAGAAGUCUUCAAAUUCGAAA